CCUGAGUACUGCCCUAACCUGCGAUUCUGUUGCAAGAUUCCUCGGUGCCAUAAUAACAUUUACAACCUAAAAAAACAGCGAUCUUGGCCUCUGUAGACAGUUUUGCCGCCGCACAACAAAAUAUCGGAAUCGGAUAACAGUAUAGCGACGGAACGCAAAGUGCAAUCUUUCACUGCCUAUUCAGUCCACGCCCUCCUGCCACAUCCCUCCCAACCUUCCGCUCUCUCUUCAUGGAAGCAAAAUCCUAGAAGAAAACGGAACUUCCCCCAAUGGCGAAAUCCCUAGCUAUCUACCCUGCGUACUUCCUCCCUACUCCCUUGACCCUCAAUCCUCGCCAUGGAAGGCAAAGGUUUCCCCUUUCGAGGCCCCAGCGAGCGGGCGUUAGGGUUCGAAUGAGCCUCGGGGAGUUCCCUCACCCUAACGGGUUCGAUUCCCUUUUUGAUUUGGAGCGAAUUUCUUCGAGGAUGGAGGGAUUGCUCUUCACGUUGGCGGACGCUGUUGUGGCCGCGGAUCCUUCUACGUCUGACACGGCAGCUGCUGCGGCGGCUCAGAAGAACGGGGGUUGGUUUGGUUUUAUCUCAGAGGCCAUGGAAAUUGUUCUCAAGGUUCUGAAGGAUGGGCUUUCGGCGGUACAUGUGCCGUAUGCCUAUGGAUUUGCAAUCAUCUUGCUUACUGUGAUUGUGAAGGUGGCAACCUUUCCUCUGACUAAGAAGCAGGUGGAGUCAACAUUGGCUAUGCAAAAUUUACAACCUAAGAUCAAGGCAAUCCAAGAAAGAUAUGCUGGAAACCAGGAAAGAAUACAGCUUGAGACAGCCCGGUUGUACAAGCAGGCUGGGGUGAAUCCAUUAGCAGGAUGUUUACCAACUUUGGUGACAAUACCAGUCUGGAUUGGCUUGUAUCAAGCUCUAUCAAAUGUGGCAAAUGAGGGCUUGCUGACCGAAGGAUUUUUUUGGAUUCCGUCUUUGGGAGGUCCAACAACAAUUGCUGCUCGACAGAGUGGUUCUGGAAUCUCUUGGCUUAUACCUUUUGUGGAUGGACAUCCACCCCUGGGCUGGUCUGACACAGCAGCAUAUCUUGUACUCCCUGCACUUCUUAUUCUUUCUCAGUAUGUCUCCAUGGAAAUUAUGAAACCACCUGAGACCGAUCCAUCUUCAAAGAAUACACUUCUCAUUUUCAAGUUUCUUCCCCUGAUGAUUGGCUACUUUUCGUUGUCUGUCCCAUCAGGAUUAUCAAUUUAUUGGCUUACAAACAAUAUUCUGAGCACAGGACAGCAAUUAUGGCUGAGAAAAUUGGGUGGUGCAAAGCCUAUAGUAAGUCAAGAUGGAGGUGGCAUCAUUAAUGCUGGACAAGCAAAGCGUUCUGAGAGGAGUGGAGAAAGGUUUAAGCAAUUAAAAACAGAAGAAGAGAGAAAAAAAAUGUACAAAGCAUUACCAGGGGAGGAAGCUCAGAUUCCGGCUUCUGAUACUGAUACAGAAACUGAUGAACUGACUGAUGAGGAGUCUAAGAAUGAAGCACAUGAUGAGGAAUACGCUGCUGCUACCGGGAGAAAAGGGCUUCCAAAUUACACCGGCACAAGGAAGGGCAAAAGAUCAAAGAGGAAGCGAACAGUGCAGUGAUUGAUUGGGCUAGCAAAUGUUUCUUUUGUUGUUGGAAUGUAAAGUUGAUUUUUAGCUGCAACUUAUAGUCUUUUAAAACUUCAUGUUGAUUUGAGUCAUGUGAUCUCAUUAUUCUUAAAUCAUAAUGUUAUAAAAAAAGCAUAUUUUCGGCAUCUUCAGGUUGGUUGCCUUUGCCAGUUUUGUAUGACAAUAAGCAUUUUGUCAUGGAAAUGUCAAUUAGUUUGCAGUAUUUUUUUCCUCAA